AUGAAGGUGACUGCUAAACACCUGAUACUAUCUCCCACCUUCCAUCAGUGGGAGGAGACGAAGCACUGGUCAACUCAACAGCGACUGGCGGUAGAAAAAUAUCUGUUUUCACUAUCUAUCUAUCUAUCUAUCUAUCUAUCUAUCUAUCUAAUUCUGUCUAUCUAUCUAUCUAUCUAUCUAUCUAUCUAUCUAUCUAUCUAUCUAUCUAUCUAUCUAUCUAUCUUAUUUUUUAAUAAAGAGAAUUACGUUGUGUUGACACCCCCAUAUCUAUCUAUCUAUCUAUCUAUCUAUCUAUCUAUCUAUCUAUCUAUCUAUAUAAUAUCGAUUCCACUUAAAAUAAUUUAUUUAUUGAAUCUAUUUCGCUUUUUGUCAAAUAACGAAAAUCCAUCCAUCUAUCUAUCUAUCUAUCUAUCUAUCUAUCUAUCUAUCUAUCUAUCUAUUCUAGUCUGUCCCUAUCUUUCUUUCUUUCUUUCUUUCUUUCUUUCUUUGUUAAUAUCUAUCUAUCUAUCUAUCUAUCUAUCUAUCUAUCUAUCUAUCUAUCUAUCAUUUCACAGCCUAAUGAUGAGAACUAAUCCGAUAUUUCGAACAGCGUAA